AUGGGCGCGGGGAUCACGCACCGCAUGCUGCGGGACGAGGUCUGCCCCACGCAUGUGCCCAUGGUGAGGGUGGUGGACCCCCUGAUGGCACAGCGCAUGGCCACCUUCUGCAUGUGGGCGGUCAUCAACGUCCAGCGCAAAUGUGACGCAUACUUAGAAGCCCAAAAAGACUGCCGUUGGGACAAGAGUGUCGAGAAUUUUACCAUUCGGGACAAUAGCAGCGUGCGCGUCGGCAUUCUUGGCCUCGGCAACCUGGGAGCCGCCACGGCCACCCUCCUCCUGGCGGCUGGGUACCCCGUCUCCGCCUGGACGCGAAGUGCACGAGCCAAUGACCAGAAAAACGCGCGCAUAUCCUACUACCAUGACCGAGAAGGCCUUUUUGAGCUGGCCCGAGAGGCUCAGAUUCUCAUCUGCCUGCUCCCGCUCACGGACGAGACGGCCGGCCUUCUGGACGCCCGCCUGUUCGCCACCCUGCCUCCGGGGGCCGCGAUCAUCAACGUCGCCCGCGGGGGGCACGUGGUGGACGUCGACCUGAUUCAAGCCCUGGAUUCAGGGCAUCUGUCCGCCGCGAUCUUAGAUGUCUUCCACGAGGAGCCUCUGCCGAAGACCUCGCCCCUGUGGACCCACCCCCGAGUCCGCGUGUUCCCCCAUGUCUCCUCCGUGACCCAGCGCCAGGAGGCGGUCCGGCAAAUGAAGGAGAACUUCGACUCAAUGGAUGCUGGCACCGACAUUCCGCGCGACAGGUUCAUUGUGCGAUCGCGCGGGUACUGA